AGAGAAGGCACCAACUACUAAUAUCUUGUAGUUUGAGUUUGCUUCUUAUUUGUUUCCCUUUUGAACACAGUGAAAAAAAUGGAAGAUAACUUGAAGAGAAGCAACUUUGAAGUGUUGGGAAUGUGCUGUGCCACAGAAGCGGCACUGGUUGAAAGAAUUCUGAAGCCUCUGCAUGGAGUCAAAGAUAUCUCAGUGAUAGUCCCUACCCGAACAGUCACUGUGGUCCAUGAUAUUCUCUUGAUUUCUCAGUCACAAAUAGCUGAUGCACUGAAUGCUGCAAGGCUUGAAGCCAGUUUAAGUCUACAGGGAGAGACUGAUAAUGACAAGAAACGGCCAGAUUUACCAACAAUGGCAUGUGGAUUUUUAUUGGCACUUUCUUUCUUGAAGUAUAUAUAUCACCCUUUGGGAUGGUUGGCACUUGGUUCUGUUGUCAUUGGCUUCCCUAAGGUUCUAUUCAGGGCUAUAGCCUCCAUUAAGGCUCUCACUCUUAAUAUCAACAUUCUUGUUCUAUUAGCAGUGUGUGGCACUGCUGCUUUACAAGAUUUUUGGGAGGCAGGAGUCAUCAUAUUCCUGUUCUCCAUUGCUCAAUGGCUUGAGACAAGAGCAACUCACAAGGCAGUGGUUGCGAUGUCCUCAUUAACGAACAUGGCUCCGCAAAAGGCCGUUGUUGCUGAAACUGGGGAGCGUGUUGAUGUCAAUGAUGUAAAGAUUAAUACCAUCCUUGUGGUUAAGGCUGGCGAUGAUAUUCCUCUUGAUGGAGUUGUGGUGGAAGGAAAGUGUGAAGUUGACGAAAAGAUGUUGACAGGAGAAUCAUUCCCUGUAACCAAAGAGUUAGAUUCAUUAGUCUGGGCUGGAACUAUUAAUCUGAACGGAUAUAUAAGUGUAAAAACUACUGUGUUGGCAAAAGACACAAUGGUGGCAAGAAUGUCAAAGCUUGUUGAAGAGGCUUCUAGCAGAAAAUCUCGAACACAAAGAUUCAUAGACAAUUUUGCCAGGUACUAUAUUCCUGCUGUUGUCUUGAUUUCAGCAAGCAUUGCUGUGGUUCCGGCUGCAUUAAGAGUUCCUGAUAUUACGCCUUGGUUUCAUCUGGCCAUUGUGGUUUUAUUGAGUGCAUGCCCUUGUGCUCUCAUCCUCUCCACACCUGUUGCAAUCUUUUGUGCUCUUACAAAAGCUGCAAUCAGUGGAUUACUAUUUAAAGGUGGAGAUUAUAUUGAAACACUUUCUGGAAUUAAGACAGUGGCUAUUGAUAAAACGGGCACUAUAACAAGAGGAGAGUUCACUGUGACAGAUUUUUCUGUUGUACAGGACAUAAGCAUUGAAACUUUAUUGUACUGGGUUUCAAGUGUUGAGAGUAAAUCAAGUCAUCCGAUGGCAGCUGCACUAGUGGAAUAUGGAAUGUUGCACUCUGUCAAGGCAAUGCCUGAAAAUGUGGAGAAUUUUCAAAAUUUUCCGGGGGAAGGUGUUGUUGGUACAAUUGAUGGGAUAGAUAUUUAUAUAGGAAAUAGGAGAAUUGGUGCUAGAGCUGGUUCUGAAAGAGUUGAUUGUGACAUGCAAUUUCAAAGCCACGAAAUUUCUACCCCGAAACAAUGCUGUGGACCAACCCUUGUUGGAGUCUUCAACUUAUCUGAUACAUGCAGAUCAGGUGUUUUGGAGGCAAUAGAAGAGCUAAAGUUGUUAGGUGUGAGGUCAGUCAUGCUGACAGGAGAUAGCACUCAGGCUGCUAAGCAUGUUGAGAGUCAAUUGAACCAUGCUCUAGACAUUGUUCAUGCAGAACUUCUACCUGCGGAAAAGGCCAUGAUCAUUGAUAAUUUCAAGAAAGAUGGGAUAACAGCAAUGAUUGGAGAUGGCGUGAAUGAUGCUCCUGCAUUAGCUACAGCUGACAUUGGCAUCUCAAUGGGAAUAUCUGGCUCAGCUCUAGCAAAUGAAACAGGCAAUGCAAUUCUCAUGUCAAAUGACAUGAGAAAAAUACCUGAAGCUAUUCGGCUAGCAAGAAAAACUAUGAGAAAGCUCAUUGAGAAUGUCAUUAUUUCAAUUGGCUUCAAGAGUGCCAUUCUGGCAUUGGCAAUCUCAGGACACCCAAUAGUUUGGCUUGCAGUGUUGACUGAUGUUGGGACCUGUUUACUUGUGAUUCUCAAUAGCAUGUUACUUCUAGAAGAGAAACCAAAACAUGAAAGAGAAUCUACUAGCUCUAAAUAUGGCACCUUCUUGGAAGAUAAGACCAUAACUUUACUUGACAAGAACUAUAAUAGUAAUGAGAACCAAGUGCUUCUUACUAAAGAAAAGUGUGGUAAAGAGUGCUGUAAAAAUGUCAAUCAUCAUGUGGCAACUGUUGAAGUUCAUAUAGUGAAAUCUUGCAAUGGUUGCUGUCUAGGAAAAGUCAAAAUGUGUGAGGAUUCUUCAUACAGAACAAAUAAUAGGUGUGCUAGUUGGCAAGUGCACUACAAGACUAAAAAAUGUGGCACUGGUUCUGUUGUGACACAAGAUGAGAAAAUUGCUGCUACCUUGGAGUCUGUUGGCUAUAAAAUAGAGUCUAUGGAUGAUGUUUCAGAGUUGUCUGAGACAAGUGGGAUUCCAAUGUGCUGCAAGAAUCGAUGCUGUAAUGAUAGAGUAAACAAUAUCAGUAGCCUUAACAAGCCAGAAAUUAUUAUUGAGUGAUUAGCGUUUCAGCAUGCGACUUUAGUUUCAUGCAAUAAGUAUAGGAUUUUGGUGUGACAUUUAUGAAGUCGCACUCUCUUAAUUCAAUAGUAAGUUUUUGUUAUGUGCUUCUCUUAGGCCUUUCAUCAUGAUCAUUGUAAUUUGAACUUAAUUCUUAUUAAUUAAUUUCCCAGAGUAAUUUUU